AUGAUGAUGAUGGCAGAUUACCGAAGCUGUCGGUAUGAACCGAGUCUUCACACAUUCAACGGGGCUAACCCACUUGGUCCAGUGGAUGUGUCGGAGGGCCAGCACUUGACUGACCUCAGUUCCUAUCCCCAUGGGGGAUCUUCCAGCCAGGAAUCGUAUCACUACGGACACGCCGCCCAGCCUUAUCACAGAACGCCUGGAUACGAGCGCCCAUACUCAUCCGACCUGUAUCAGUACCACAGCCCAACCAACACACCCCGGACCUACGGACCCACCGCUCCUUCCACAGUUUCACCCACCGACCAGCGCCCGGGGGGCACCCGGUGCCGAACCCUCAAGGAUCGGCAGUUCAUGACGUCCUCAAUCAAAGAGGACAACAAGAAAGACAGAAUGGACAAUAUGGACAGUGACGGAACCUCAAUCAAAGAGGAACCGUCCGAGGACGGAAGUGAAAAGCAUAGUUCCACGUGUGGUUCCCCAAAGUCGGAGGAUGACGAUGACAUGAACCCUCACACCCCCGAGGAGGGGGACGAACACGUACCCCAUGUGUUAGCACCAGGGUACCAUGGACCAAACAGGAGGUGUCUACUUUGGGCAUGUAAAGCAUGCAAACGCAAAACUGUAACUGUAGAUAGGCGAAAGGCCGCUACCAUGAGAGAACGUCGGCGACUUCGAAAGGUGAACGAAGCCUUUGAAGCGCUGAAAAGACGGACAUGUCCAAACCCAAACCAAAGACUGCCCAAAGUGGAAAUUUUACGGAACGCUAUAGAAUAUAUUGAGAGUUUGGAGGAUCUCCUACACGGGAACAGAAUGGCGGUGGGGCCGAGAGUGGACGACCAUUGUAAUGACAAUGGGUCCACAAGUGGCAGUUCCGACUAUAUGACAGUGAAUAGUCCACAAUUUUACGCUGAAAAGCUGCAUCACCUUGGCGAACAGCACAAUGGUUAUUCCCACACAAAUGGUUAUGAACAACAGUCAUCUAAUGGAGUUUCAAGUCUUGACUGUCUCUCUCUCAUUGUGGAAAGCAUAAGUUCUCAAGGGUCUUCACAUAUGCUGAAUGGCAUGCCACCGGGCGAGCGGCCCCUAUAA